AUGGCUUCAGCAGGAGCAUGGCCAGUGCUGGGAACGGAUGUGACCAUGAACCCCGGUGCCUCCUUGUCUACUUUCACGGCAGUGCCCUUCCCUCCACCCACUCCUGGCGCCCAGCACCGGCCACCCUGGCAGCAGCACCUGCCACGUCCCCUCACCCCAGCAUUCCCUCCUGGCAGCAGCCUGCUGCUGCCAGCUUUCCCCAGGACGCCUUUGGUGGCUAAUGGUGGCCGUGGCCCCAGUGCCCCUGGGGCUUGCAACCUCACUGUCCAAGUCAGGUCACAAGGGAGGACAGUGGAGGCCCCCCAGACUCAGACCUUUGUCGUUACUCAGGCCCCCCUCAACUGGAGCGCUCCAGGGGCCCUCAGCAGGAGUGCUGCAUGUCCUGCACCCGUAUUCAUAGCAACCCCUGUGAUGGGGACCGUUGUGACUGCUUCAGCUGUUGGAGUUAGUCAGGCUGGCAAGGGAGGCUGGACCCCAGGCUUUCCUCCUCAAGCUCCACCACCAGCUGCCCAGCUGGCCCCUAUCAUUCGCCCAGUGAACUCUGGGCCAUGGCCACAUGGCACUUCCAGGGAGGGCCGCCUGGCCACCAACCAGUCCAACGCCUCGCAGGAUGGCUCCUCUAACCCCCAGAGAGAGUACAGUAACUUCCGACGUUGGCAGCACAUCAAGCCCCUGGCCCGGAGACACUUUCACCUGAGUCCUGAUGCAGAAGCUUUUUCCUGCUUUCUCAUCCCAGUGCUUCGAUCCGUGGCCCGCCUGAAUCCCACCAUGCUGCUGGAGGAGGGACUGCGGAGGGCCGUGCAGGAAUGGCGGCGCUUGAGCAACCUUGACCGGAUGAUCUACUACGAGAGGGCGGAAAAGUUCAUGGAAUUUGCGGCCGAGGAGGAGACGCACAUUCAGCAUUUGCAGUGGAUGCAGUGCGUGCAGGACCUGCCUCCUCCAGCCCCACCGAAGCUGGAUGCUCGGGGGCCCCCAGCCCCGAAACCACACAGAUCCCAGCGGAACCCGGAGCCCAAGGCGCCCAAGGAGAUUCCCCCUGAGGCUGUGAGGGAGGCUGUGGACAGGAUGGAGGCGCUGGUGGGGCCCGUCCACUCAGCCCCAGGCAAGUCACAUGCAGAAUGUGGAAAGGACGGAAAUGAGCUGAAGCAGGAAGAGGACGACACCUACUUGGACCCGUGUCUCUUGAGCUACACUGACGAGCUGCGUUCCCGGGAACACUCUGUCACCAAGGUGGAGGCAGUCAUUCACCCUCGAUUCCCGGCAGAAUUGUUUUCCCCGGACCCACAGCUGGAUGUCUUGGCCCUUGCUGAGGAGCUGAAGCAGGAGGAAGGACUCACCCCUGAAGAACUGGUGCAGAAACGACUCGUGGCCUUGAAAGAGGACGAGGGUGGGCCGGCAGCCCCGAGCCACAGUGCACCCGGAAUGGGCUCAAGUCCAUCUGAGUCCCACGCCGGCCAAGGUGCCCAGAGGCACGACCAAGACCGCCAUCGAGGGGUCAGUGAUGAAGCCUGCCCACCAGAGAUUGAUGUUGAGGCUCUUCAUAGGCCCAUCCGAACAGACACUGGCCCGUUCGUGCUCAGAGUCUUUGUUCCCUCUCGAGGACGUCAGGCUGGCAAGGGAGGCUGGACCCCAGGCUUUCCUCCUCAAGCUCCACCACCAGCUGCCCAGCUGACCCCUAUCAUUCGCCCAGUGAACUCUGGGCCAUGGCCACAUGGCACUUCCAGGGAGGGCCGCCUGGCCACCAACCAGUCCAACGCCUCGCAGGAUGGCUCCUCUAACCCCCAGAGAGAGUACAGUAACUUCCGACGUUGGCAGCACAUCAAGCCCCUGGCCCGGAGACACUUUCACCUGAGUCCUGAUGCAGAAGCUUUUUCCUGCUUUCUCAUCCCAGUGCUUCGAUCCGUGGCCCGCCUGAAUCCCACCAUGCCGCUGGAGGAGGGACUGCGGAGGGCCGUGCAGGAAUGGCGGCGCUUGAGCAACCUUGACCGGAUGAUCUACUACGAGAGGGCGGAAAAGUUCAUGGAAUUUGCGGCCGAGGAGGAGACGCACAUUCAGCAUUUGCAGUGGAUGCAGUGCGCGCAGGACCUGCCUCCUCCAGCCCCACCGAAGCUGGAUGCUCGGGGGCCCCCAGCCCCGAAACCACACAGAUCCCAGCGGAACCCGGAGCCCAAGGCGCCCAAGGAGAUUCCCCCUGAGGCUGUGAGGGAGGAUGUGGACAGGAUGGAGGCGCUGGUGGGGCCCGUCCACUCAGCCCCAGGCAAGUCACAUGCAGAAUGUGGAAAGGACGGAAAUGAGCUGAAGCAGGAAGAGGACGACACCUACUUGGACCCGUGUCUCUUGAGCUACACUGACGAGCUGCGUUCCCGGGAACACUCUGUCACCAAGGGCCAUUGUCCCACUGCCCAGUGCUCCUCCUCUCACACGUGCGCGUGGAGCCGUCACUGUCCUCCUCCCUCCAACCAGCUGGUGCAGAAACGACUCGUGGCCUUGAAAGAGGACGAGGGUGGGCCGGCAGCCCCGAGCCACAGUGCACCCGGAAUGGGCUCAAGUCCAUCUGAGUCCCACGCCGGCCAAGGUGCCCAGAGGCACGACCAAGACCGCCAUCGAGGGGUCAGUGAUGAAGCCUGCCCACCAGAGAUUGAUGUUGAGGCUCUUCAUAGGCCCAUCCGAACAGACACUGGCCCGUUCGUGCUCAGAGUCUUUGUUCCCUCUCGAGGACGCAGGUGGGGGCUGGGCUGUGCCCGGAGACUGACCCCGAGGGCUUACAGCCCAGUGCUUCGAUCCGUGGCCCGCCUGAAUCCCACCAUGCCGCUGGAGGAGGGACUGCGGAGGGCCGUGCAGGAAUGGCGGCGCUUGAGCAACCUUGACCGGAUGAUCUACUACGAGAGGGCGGAAAAGGCCCAGCCCUCGCACCCGAAGCCACACAGAUCCCAGCGGAACCCGGAGUCCAAGGCGCCCAAGGAGAUUCCCCCUGAGGCUGUGAGGGAGGAUGUGGACAGGAUGGAGGCGCUGGUGGGGCCCGUCCACUCAGCCCCAGGCAAGUCACAUGCAGAAUGUGGAAAGGACGGAAAUGAGCUGAAGCAGGAAGAGGACGACACCUACUUGGACCCGUGUCUCUUGAGCUACACUGACGAGCUGCGUUCCCGGGAACACUCUGUCACCAAGGUGGAGGCAGUCAUUCACCCUCGAUUCCCGGCAGAAUUGUUUUCCCCGGACCCACAGCUGGAUGUCUUGGCCCUUGCUGAGGAGCUGAAGCAGGAGGAAGGACUCACCCCUGAAGAACUGGUGCAGAAACGACUCGUGGCCUUGAAAGAGGACAAGGGUGGGCCGGCAGCCCCGAGCCACAGUGCACCCGGAAUGGACUCAAGUCCAUCUGAGUCCCACGCCGGCCAAGGUGCCCAGAGGCACGACCAAGACCGCCAUCGAGGGGUCAGUGAUGAAGCCUGCCCACCAGAGAUUGAUGUUGAGGCUCUUCAUAGGCCCAUCCGAACAGACACUGGCCCGUUCGGGCCCAAAGUCUUUGUUCCCUGUCGAGGACGUCAGGAGGUCUCUCCAUUCCAGGCCGGACGGCCCUCUCCUCCCCAGGGUCAAAGGCGCACUGGUCCUCUACUGGGACCCAGGGAUGCGUCUGUUCUCAGAGAGGCGUCUCCUGUUCCGGAGGCCCGAGGGCCCAGGGACGCGUCCAGUGAGAACGAGGAGGCGCUCACCAGCCUGGCCUUCCUCUUUGCCUCUCCGCAGAGCCUGCCGCCUUGCGGUCUGUCCCAGAGUCCUGCCCCUGCCUCAGGCCUGGCCUCCCCUGGAGUUUCUUGA